GUACAGUUCGGCUUGUGCAGCUCACGCCUUCUUUAUCACAGCUGUCGGUACCAUAUAUAGCGAUUAAUUGGGUACUCACACUGUAGCGAGAGAGUCAUCCACUGGAGAGAUUUGGCAGUUGUUGCUGUCAGCGCGUCGCAAAUGAGCAACCCUCCACAACCAAAUGACGCCCAGCCGCAAACGAAUGAGCGCGCCUCAUUCCAAGCACCGACAAGGGCCAGCUUAGCUAGAGCUCAUCCCACUCUUCCUCAACGUGCGCUUAGCAGAUCGCCCGUGAGAGGCCCACAAAAACCGACACAGGCUGACGCGCGGGCUGUCGGCUUGAGGGAUCGAAAGGCUCUCCGACCAUCGUUGACUUCGUCCGCAAGUCCGCUUAAACCCCUCAGGAGCGCAAAACAAAAACAAUCACCUCGAAUAUCUAGCGGUCUUGGUGUCUUUGCUGCACCACCAAGGCGGGUCUCCACUCGAAUUACUGCUUCCGAUUUGAUUUUUCGGUCCCCUACAUCGACACAGCAGAGUAUCGAGGUACCACGACAUGUCAAUACGCCGGAGGAUCAAUUGACAUCGGAGCUGGGUAGUGCGACCGGGGACAUGGAUGUGACUGUGGAUUUCAGUCAGUCUUCUCUUCAAGAAAUACUCGACGAGCCAGACCUUCCGCCAACGCCGACCCAAUUGGGGCUGGAACGGCCCUUGGGACGCACCAAGGGGCUCCCAAGCAGCAGCCCGAGUUCACAACAAGCGAAAUGGGGGAGGCGACGGGCCACGGACAAUCCUGAGCAGACGUCUUCUAGGUUGAGGAGUGUCGACUAUGGCGAGUCCGAGGAGCCGACAGGAUUGGAGCCGGCCAUAGAUUGGAUGUCCUUCCCGGAGCACAUUCUGGAAAAGCGAAAAUUGAAGAAUGAGCUCACGGACGAGCUAGAGAAACUGAAAAAGGACAUUGCCGAGUUGGAGGAUUGGUCAAGGAACCUGGGUCGGGGUGACGAGAACACAGAGCGCGACUUGAUUAAGUUAUCCACACUAUUAGCGUCUUCUCAUCCCACAGAUGCAACAAUCGAUGAUCCUCCCUCGGCGACGGCUUCAAUCUCGUCGCUGAUCUCAGCUCUGCUUCCGUUCGCUGCGAAGGCUCCUCUUCCACCGUCUCAAGACACAUUUCCAAUCAAUCCGUUUACGCUAGGCGAGCAUGCCCUCGAGAAACCCUAUCUGACGGCUUUUGCACCUUUGGAUCUCACCGCAUUCUCGGAGCUGGUGCCUGCGACAAGAGCCCAGCCGUCCCUGGAGAGGCAUGUUCUAACUUUCACUGCGCCGCGUCCGUUCCCUUCCAAUCGCUAUAACGUAGCCAUUGCGUAUGACGCCAACCCAGAAACACAAACUCUAUUCUCGAUAUGGGUACCGACCGAGUUCAAAAAUGGUAAGACGAUAAUGUCAGCUUCCUUGCAGCAAUGGAUAGACAUUCGACUCGCCAACCCGCUGCUAAAACUAGAUAUCACGGGGCUUUGUUGGGGCAUCAACCGGCACUGGGAAGCUGCAAUUUCACGAGCUCAGCUAUGGUCACAGAUGGAGGAGCAACAUGCAAACUUGAUCCCUGGCCACAAGAGGUCCGAUGUUGCCUCACCAUCGAGCUCUGACGAUCGAAGCAUAGCUGAGCUACGACGUAUUCUUCCCCAUCUUGAGCGAACGUCUAUGCUAUUCGGAUCCAAGACCAGUCAUUUAAGUAUGCUACUCUCCUGUGAGCUAAGGAUCGACGAAUGGUCAAGCGAACCCCAGCUCGUCCCUGGCAUCAGCGUCUCAAGUACCAGUGCCUCCGAUAGCACUUCCAGACGAAAGCUUGAACAGGAAUGCAAGAAGCUUUUCCAUGCUAUGCUGAGUGAGAAUCAAGAUAGCCAGUCCGAAGGACUCGGUGGAGAGUCAAGCGGGAUUCAAAUCGGCUCUGUCUUGCGAGCUACGCGGGGCGUCGUGACAGUUCUAUUCAACGAGGACGAUGAUGCAGCAGAGGUCACGGCCCAUCAUACUUGAGAGCAUGACAUAUCUUAGGCUAGAGAGAUCACGAGUCCCCGUAGACGUGGGAAGCACGGGAUAUUACUAUGUCUAUGGCGUUUCGUUCAAAAGGCGGGUGGCGUUGUUAGGCGUGAAGAUUGGGGUACAUGGGAAGCCUACUUUGCUUCACGUCCGGCUUCAGAGAUCGGUUAUACCACGACUCUUCGUGGGAGUCCGGGUGAGGGGUACAGGAAAUAUCUUGUUUUCCGCAUAGCAUGGAAAGGAAGCAGCGAUAAGG